CAGAGCUUGUGUCCACAUGGCAGCAGCUGCCUGGAGCUCUGGGUUUCUCAAUGCUCUGCUGCACACGGCCAAUACAUUGUCACUACCUCUCUGCAAGGACAAUGCUGUGGACCAGUUUUUCUGUGAAGUCCCCCAGAUCCUCAAGCUGUCGUGCUCAGAUGCCUACCUCAGGGAAGUUGGGCUUCUUGGUUUUACCCUUAGUUUAAUAUUUGGGUGUUUUAUUUUCAUUGUGCUGUCCUAUGUGCAGAUCUUCAGGGCUGUGCUGAGGAUCCCCUCUGAGCAGGGACGGCACAAAGCCUUUUCCACAUGCCUCCCUCACCUGGCUGUGGUCUCCCUGUAUCUCAGCACUGGCAUGUUUGCCUACCUGAAGCCUUUUUCUAUCUCAUCCCCAUCUCUGGAUUUGUUGAUGGCAGUUCUGUACUCAGUGUUGCCGCCAGCAGUGAACCCCCUCGUCUACAGCAUGAGGAACCAGGACCUUAAGGAUUGCCUAAGGAUAAAGUGUAAAGAAGUGCUACUUCCAGUGUAUAACACGGGUCCUCAAACUACGGCCCACAGGCCGGCUAAGGCCCCCCCAGGGGCGGAUAAGGCCCCCCCAGGGUCCUCAAUCCGUCCUGCCGGUAUUUACAGAACUCGCCGCCCCCCCCAGCCACAGAUGACUUCCUGCCACUUAAUCCAGCACCUGCUGGGACUGGGCUGGAACCAACAGCUCGUCCUCGACAUGCCCCCCUGCGACAGGCGAGAGGCCAAAUGA